UGCUGUUGUCAAAGCGUUGCUAUGGACGUGGUGGAGUCUGCGCGUUCAAAACGCAACAACGUUGUACACCCGUAGUUGAUUGUGUGUUUUACAAAUAGCAAAAGGUAAUUGUGAUUUGCAGAUUUUUUUUUUCUAGAAAAUGUCAACAGAUCUAACAGACGUUCUGCGAAAGCGUAACAAAUAUUUGUUAGAGCAGCUAAGGGAGCAAAGAGAGAAACUAGAGCGAGUGAGCGGCUGCAGUUCGAGCCGCAAGAGGGAGAGAGAGGCCGAGGAAGAGGAGCAGAAUGAGAGGAGGCAAUCCGAAGUUGUGGUAACUCUGACGGAGGGACGUCGAGGUCCUGCAAGGGCAGCCCUGGCCAAACCUUCAGUCAGAUUUACUGAUACUGAAAAGACGCACAAAGACUCCUUCUGGAAGUCCUCCAGUUCUUUUGGGACCCCCAAGCACAGCGUACCUGCUGAACCUACAAUGCUGUCAGACAGCCACCUAAACCCUCAGGACUAUUCCACACUACCAGAACCCUGGUCACUGAGAAGGCAGUUUUCCCAAGUUAGGCCCAAUAAAGUCAAGGGGAUACACAGUCGAGUCAGGUUUCAGUCAGAAGAAUCUGAAAGCAAACCUGCGUCAGACAGACGUCAUGUGCAGCCUUUGCUCGGAUAUGAUUGGAUAGCAGGAGUUCUGGAUACCGAGAACUCCUUGUUAGAACUCUCCGAUGAGUUCUUCAAUGAUCUCUGCAUGUUUCGAUUGGUCAAUAAAAACGAGUGUGUUCACUCUGAAGCAGCAAAGUCUUUAGAGGGAAGCCAUCUUUUCCAACCACUCCUGAUAGGUGACAGCAAAGAAGCAGACAAAGAUACUCAUCAGUGUACAUUCUCCUACCGGAUCAACAGCAGGCUGUUUCCUGUCCCUUUUCACUCUCAGGAAUGCUGCCCAGUGUGCAAAAGACACAAAUCUUCCCACCCUCACACUGCAGCUGAACCGGCUCUGAUCAGGGUCACCCUUCCCCGCGCCAACAUCCUGCCAUCUUACAAGUACAAAGCUCAUCGCCGAAGCAGCUUCGAUCCUUCAGACAGUUUGGGAUUACCAUCACACUGCCUCUCAGGAUGGUCAAAUGCAGGUCAGAACAUCCUGCCUCCGGCCAGAAGCCUUGACCUCAGGAGCAGCACUAAGACGAAGAACACUGAUGGCCCCCUGAGCCAGCAACUGGAGAAACUAUCUUCAUCUAGAAGAAACCAAAACUUUGAGCAGACCCCUGAUGUGUAUCGCUUGGCUUAUUUCAACUUUCAACAUUUCUCUCCAAAAAGAAACCCAAGAGCCUCUUUUUUCCCUGUAGGCUGAAGAAUCAUUUCUGGAUAUUAAAGGGAUCAAAAUCUGAGAGGCAAAACUGGCUGCAUUUACAUUUCUAGUGCAACAUUGUCUGUCUCUGCCAGACGUCCUCCUUCUAUUUUAUUUUAUUUUGUUGUUGUUUUCGAACAGGGAACUAAACAUAAAGUGCAUCAGGUGUUGUAAAUGCACUGGACUGUGUGUUAGCUCUGAACUUCGAGACUUAAAUCAUGUUGCCUCACAGUCCCCUUUUCUUUGUUCAUGUGAAUUAAAGCUGGAGGACAUGUGAGCUCCGCUUAUGUGGAAGUGAAGCAAGAGUUGCAACAUUGUGGAGACGCGCAGCAUUUAACACCAGUUUUAGAACAGCAUAAGGAACAUUUAGCAUAUGUUUGAGCUGUGUUUUGCAAAACUAAGGAAAUCACAUUGACUCACUUCCAGCCUCUUUGUGUUUGUUGCCCUCUCCAGCUUGUCAUUUGGCUGCUGUCUUUGCAAACUUCUGCUUUUAACUUCCUCACUGUGGGACGAGGAGCCCUGAAGCUCAGCAGGGUCUAUGUGUGUAAUACCGGAGCUGCCCUCCACAGGAAACCACAACCACCUAUACUUACUAACACUUAUAUGUUUUUGAGAUCCCACCUCGCACGCUGUAGUUUUGUGUCUAAAAGGCCAAGGUUGUUGUUUGCCAUGAUGGAUUGAUUCACGGCGUGUUCUUUGAGCGCUCUGUUGCUGAUUUUAAGUGACGGUGUUUCGCUCUAUAAAUCCUUGCAGCGGAACUGUAAUCGUCCCAUCACUGGGGGCUGAACUUCUGAGAAACAAAAGGGGAAAAUUUUCAGAAAGACACCAGAGAAAUGAACUAGAAUCUCAUCAGUGCUAACUGAGAGCUCCUCUGUGGUGCUGCUGCUGAUGAUGAAAAGGCAUUUUACUCCUUUAGGAAAUCGUCAGCUGCCUUCCACAUGAGCAGGAUCUGAACAUAGUUUCUGAAUAAUAAAUAUGCUCUGCAAUCA